GAACAUUUUUCCCCUCCUAUUUAUUACUCCCCUCCCUCCCUCAACUUUUUUCCUCCUUUCCAACACACUCUUCAUACUUCACAUACAUAAUCCUUCACAAUGGGUUUCACCGACUUCGUUUCUGAGACUGGCCUCACCCUUGCCAACAACUUCUUCUCUACCCGGAGCUACGUUGUUGGCGACGCCCCCUCCCAGGCUGAUGCUGUGACCUUCAAGGCCUUCUCCGGCGCUCCUGACGCCGAGAAGUACCCUCACGUCGCUCGCUGGUACAAGCACAUCGCUUCUUUCGAGUCUGACUUCGCCUCUCUUCCCGGUGACUCCGCCAAGGCCUACACUGCCUACGGCCCCGAGUCCACCGACCUGCCCACCAACCCCAAGAACAAGCCCGAGGAUGACGACGACAUGGACCUCUUCGGCAGCGACAGCGAGGAGGAGGACCCCGAGGUCGUCAAGGAGCGUGAGGCCAACCUUGCCGCUUACAAGGCUAAGAAGGCUGCCAAGCCCAAGCCCGUUGCUAAGUCUCUUGUGACUCUUGAGGUUAAGCCUUGGGAUGAUGAGACCAACCUUGAGGAGAUGGAGGCUAACGUUCGUGCCAUCGAGAUGGACGGUCUCGUCUGGGGUGCCUCCAAGUUCGUUGCCGUUGGUUUCGGUAUCAAGAAGCUCCAGAUCAACCUGGUCGUUGAGGACGAGAAGGUCUCCACCGACGAGCUCCAGGCUCAGAUCGAGGAGGACGAGGACCACGUCCAGUCCACCGACGUUGCUGCCAUGCAGAAGCUGUAAAUGAAACGUCUAAUCAUGAAGCGAAAUGGUGUGAUGAAGGAUUUUAUUAUUUGAUGUCACGAACUUGAAUAACUAGAACUCGACCGGUUGAUCUCCGGUCGUUUUGAUGAAUGAAAAAAACCAAAAUACCCACAUUCAAC